UCCCCGAUCCUCCCUUCGUACCAGCUAAAUCUGGUUGGCUCCUGAGUGCGCAGCUCGAAUACGCGCUUCUGAGCUGGGAGGUCCGCAGGGGCAACAACAGGACAGGGUGGAAGCGGCCGAACCGAGCAGAGGUGAGGCCGUACAGCUUGGUGGACCAAGACACCCAUGAGCAACAAGAUGGGAGUCGACACGACAAAGAUUCCCCCAUUGCCUGCCCCGACUGAGACCGAGUCAGAGUCUCUCACCACCCCAACAGAGGUUGCUGCAUCCGACGUCUCGAGACCGGCCGAUGACGAUAGAUCUCAUUAUUCCCUUCCCGACGACGGAACGCCUGUCACCAUAAAAACCCGCGGUCACAGGCCCAAUCGGUCCCAAACCUCUCUUCUCAUCGAGUACUUCGAAGGGGGGAAGACUAGCGGUAUCUCGGGCGCUGGCUCGAGUUCUACCGAGCGCAAACCCAGUGUCCGCGUGCGACUGACCCCCUCCAAAACCCGAGGCAGAAACGACCAUAUCCAGAUUACCGAGACCAGGAGCUCGCGGAAGACAUCCCAUUCGAGGAAAGCGCCCGCGAGUCCACACUUCACUCGCAGCGAGUUGGACAUGACAGACCCCGAAGACGCGAGAAGUAUGAAUUCCUGCGCCUCCGCGACAGAGGAGUCUAAUGUCUCCCGCAACCCGAUUGAGGUGGAGAUCGACUCGAGUCGUCCCCAUCGCCGCCGAAAGGUAUCGAGUCCGCUGAUUCCCGCCGCGGAUAGCAAGGCCUCGGCCUAUCUGCCCCCAAAUAUGUCGGAUAUCUCAGCGAUUCCUACCGACAGCUUUCUAGACGGGUCUGGCGGCACCGGUGGCACCGGCGGCACAGGUGGCACAAGCGAAAAACGGCCCAGAAGCCCGCGAAGCGAGUCUGUUCCUGCCAUUGCUGCGUCAGAAAGACUGCAUCGAAAGAUCCGCAGUUCGAGCCAUGAUCGAAGCGUUAUGCAGAAGGCGGUUGAGAAGGCAAGCAAGCCAGAACGACGGCACAAAUCGAGGAAUAGGACAAGUAGCUCUGGUGAGAAGGACCCCGAGAGACGUAGAUCGAAAGGGAGUCACAAGGAAUCCAUGGUCUCAGCUGCCGACUCGAGCAAUCUUUCGUCACAAAUAACAGCCAGUCACCGCUCGUAUGACACACAUGUCUCGUCGAAAGUCUCCAUAAAUAAUCCUAAGCUGCUCGAAACCGUCGAAGACGCCAUCCGGCGACUCAUCCUACCAGAGCUCGACGCGAUCAAGAGGGAACGAAGCCAGCGGGAAUCUCGACAGGGCAAAGAUCGAGAUUCGUUAUCUAGCCUCACAUCAGCGUCCCGGGAGGAUGCGUCUCCCGCACAGAAGAGGAAGUCCGGCGAUGCCGCUCAAUCGGCCAAGGCAAAGGACAAACGAGAUAGAGAAGCUAGGAACGAUCUGUCGCCUCAAAGUAGCCUUGACCAGGUGUCUGUCACCGAAGAUACCCAGGACGAUGAUCUCACACCGCGUCGCGACCGUGGCAACCAUGACAGGCUUGCAGAUGCUGCCAUAGGUGCCGUAGUCACAGGUGCCGCAUUGCGAUCGAGAUCGAGAGGGGACGAGAAGAGGCAGCGCAGGAGAAGGCGAGCUGAAACGCCGAAACGUGACCACAGCGAUAGGUAUGGAGAGGGCUUUGACGAUCACGAGCAUGCGGUGGUGCCGCCCAUGCCUCUUCAAAGCGAGGUCAACCCGUCGGACAUGACACGAACAUCGAUAUUAUCAGUAGAUACGGAUCGGCCGCACUCUGCUAGCGAAGAGAUGACGCCAGUCAGGGAAGCUACGAGAGGAGUUGCCUUGAGGGAUUCCGUACAGAGAACUCCCACACCGACACAAUCCCCCGCCCAGACCCUGCAAGGGCUGGGAGCCCAUCAUGCAAAUAUAUCGCAUGGCGACUUGAAAGCCCUCCCCCGCAAGGGACUGAUGGAGUAUCGGGAGGACUAUAGAACCGACGAGUUUGGGAACCAAUAUCCUGCCCGCGAUGGAGAGGAGUACGAAGAAUACGAAGAACAGGGCCAGCUCUCCGAGCCUGGCAUGUACGAGGAUGAACAAGCCAUGCAGUCCUUCUACGGAUCCCAAGAUGUCCCCGCCCCUCUACGAUAUGUCCCCUACCAACAGGAGCGGCGAGGGCUCAGCCCGAUUCAGAGUGUGUCGGGCUACACAGAGGGGGAAAGCGAUAUACAUGCUCAUAGAGACUCGAGAACGGUCCAUACCACAAGCUCGCCCUCGUCUCCAGAGAAGUCGUCCUACCACGAUCGCGACCAGCAGUCGCCAAAUUUGGCCCCUAGCAACAUCCAAAGCCAUGGGUUGACUGACGAGUUUAGCAACCUCAGCUCGAAUUACAGGGGCCCUACCUACACCGAAGACAGCGAAGUUGACCGAGUAACUUCGGGACGGGCAGUACAUAUGAUCGGGGGUAACCCGCAGAUGGUGCAUCAGAACUUUGCCCCCGAGUCUGCCGUGGCAUCUCUGGUCGAGGGGUCGAUGCUCGACCCUUCUCUCAUGAGCGGUUCCACCGGCGUGCGUCAGGAAUACCGUGAUUCACAAUUAUCCUACGAUGAUGGCGCAAGAGGGAUUGGUUCGAGAGGAAUGAGUCCCACUAAGCGCGCCGCAGCGGCGGCAGGUCACGAGGCCGCCCAGCAACUCCAGGAACAGUCGCCAGCGCCAUCCAAAGAGCGCGAUCCCUCGGUUGCUUCUCGAGAGUUCUCCGAGUACGAAAUCAACGAGUACGGCCAGAAGGUCCCUCGAUCCAAGUACCAGAACUCUCCCACCGCCUCCGAGUCCGCCAUUACUAGUGCCGCUCUCGGACGGGCGGCCGCGGCCGCGGCGCUCAAGCGAAAGAACGAGGGGCGGAGCUGGAGCGAGAACGCCGAGGCUCAUGACGGGGAGUUCGUCGGCGAGGGUGUCUCCCGAAACAAAUCGUUCAAGGAACGGGCGAAGGAUGGUUACCAGCCGGAUGUUACUCCGCGUCACAGCGUCGACCGCCUCUCCGAGUACGACCAACCUAGGAUGGGAGCUAGUGGUGCCCCUGACUUGGAGCAUCCCAUCCCCGAAAUUGGGUACGGCUUCGACGAACAGACACCCUCAAUUGUGCAAGGGCCACUUGGAGGAUCUCACCCGGGAAACAGAGACCACUGGCCGAGGGAACAGACACCGACUCACGAGGCUGCCCAUAAGUAUGACGGGACAGUGACCCCAAAGGCGAACACCACCCCGGGCAACAGCCAUGGUCUUGGGAUUUCCGACGCGGCCGCAGCGGCUACUCUGGCGGCUGCGGGGGCACUAGCUACCUCACACAGCCGACAUCCGAGCCAGGAUCAGGAGGAUGAGUGGCAGAGAACAUCAUGCGAUCGUAAGCGAGAUACUCUUGUCACAAAUCCGUAUGAAGGAGCGAGCCCAAUCGCAAAUCUUCCCGGCCUGGACGGGAACAUGUUAAAUGCUACAGGCUUCGGGCAAGACGCCUACCGAGGCGGUUUCCACACAGGUAGUCCUGGACUACCCGGAGGCGACGAAGGCUAUAUCUCUGCCGCGCCAAAUGAGGCGCGUGACGGGCCCAAGGGCAACGAUGUCGGAGUCCUGAGCCAAACUAACCUAGCGACGGCUGGGGACCCAUUCUAUGCGCCAAAGGAUGCCCGACACCUUACAGGUCUCUCACAGGCGAUGGGGACGCCCCUUUACGACCCGGCCACCGGAACCGGAAUCGACAGGAUCCAGUCGAAAGAUAUCAUCGCCCUAAUGGAGCAUCUCAUGGUUCGCGAUGCGCAACGCAGCGCUCGAGACACCGAGAUUCUCGUCACGCUCGUCCGGUCUGCGGCCGAGAUGCGCAACUCCUUCGAGGAUAUCAAGAGGAUGUUGGCAGAUAGCGAGGACCAAAUCAUCAACGAGGUGAAGGACAACACAGAAAAGACGGUCAAGCGUCACCUAGGUGGUCCUCGGCCCUUCCCGGGCAGUAGUGCACGAUCGAUCCAGGGCGGUUCCCAGGCUGGUACCGACGAUCCGAACGUCAAGAAGCGCAAUUUCCUCCGACGCGCACUUCAGGGCCUAAGCGCCAAGGGCACGACCGACCUUAGCCGGAUCGAGGAUAUGCUUAUGCAAUUGCUCACCGACGUCGACGUCCUCAAGCAUCAGACCGUCGGACCCAUGGGCACGUUAAGCACCCGGGCGCAGUCGAUCGACAAUAUGCAACCGGAGGUUCAGUAUGAGCAAGACCGAGGCUACGAGCCAGAGGGCCAUGCUGGGACAUCAACCGCCAGCCACGCCAGCCAGUCUGGACAUCUCUCGAUCCCACCGUCUCGUGGUGCAUCCAACAAGCUGGGUAACGAGCGCAAGUUCUCGGAUCAUCGGAUCAGCACCGUGCCCGAAGACGAAGGCGAGUACAACGACCACUCCGUGCCGCCAGCCAGCCAAUAUGGCGCGCCCGAAGGGAUGCUAUCCCCCAGCGGAGAGAGGAUCCGAGGCGGGUCAGCGCCGGUAGGAACUCCACCUCAGCAACAGCCGCAAUUGCAAGGUUACUCGGUGAGCAACGAGAACACGCCUCGCACCGAAGAAAGCAAGAAGCACAAAUCCCGAGGCUCUUCUAGCUUCUUCCCGAAAAUCUCACGUUGGUCUGAAACCACAACCUCUAGUCUCGGAAAAGUCUUCCGUAGCAGCGGGGCCUCUAAAAAGCAGGACCCUCCGGAGGAGUUUUUACAACACCCCCCCUCCCGAUCCGCCUCCGAUAUGGGGCAUUACGACGAGUUCCCAAACAGGGACGUGUAUGCGAGUGAUAAGUUGCAGUCGGGCUUUUCCGAACAAGAUCUCCAUCCUGCUCAGGCACCCUCAGUGCCCGACUACGUCCCGGAAACACCAAUAAUGCCACAGCUGAACGCAGCGCCAGCUACCUACGCUACCCCGGAAGACCCCAAAUACCGGGCCCAUCGCAACUCGCUAAACUUGCAGCACCCACAGCCUCAGAAGGGCCAGACGGAACGGUUUAGAACGGCAUUGGAAACCUCGGCUCAAGACUAUGACACUCCAAUGUCGCCGAAAUCGGCAGACUGGGCUGGCUCGGCCAGCUCACUACCGCGUUACGCUGGCCAGAACACCAACCGAUACAGCGAUAACAGUGCCAUGCACUCGGGUCACGGAGGUGACGACUAUCACUGGCAAGACAUGGCAUCGCCUAGCCCUCAAGGGCCACCGCGCCCCCCCAAGGAACCAUUGGACGACCACUCCGCAUUUGCGAACACGCCACCUCAGUACGACAGGGUGAGCAAGCUGCAGAAGAAGCAAAGCCCGCUGCCAUUCCACAGCGUUGAGAGCGGCUACGGCACUGCCACAGCAACGCAUGCGGGGAGCCAUCAUUCCGGAAGCCCAAAGUUCGAGAACAGGAACCUGAGCGGUGCUCUAGGAGUACCGGCGCGAAGGCCGAGUGGGCCUAGGGCGAUGACCCCGAGCCGAGGCAGCGAGGAGAUGGAAGAGAGACGCCGAAAGCGAGACACAUUUGGUACGGUAGCCAGCCCAUCGAGCGUCAUCAGCCAAGAGUCCGAGACGUUCUAGGAGAAACGCACUCCAUACCUUGGUGUGAUGGCGCCGGCUUCGCCGUUUCACGUGAAUUUCGACGAAGGUAAAGUCAAGAAAUGAACGGACGAGAGUCUGCUGUGUUUCAGCUAUGUUAAA